GCGCUGCGGUUCCGGAGGGCGGGGCGGGGCGCGCCGGGGAGUCGGGGCGCCAGCCGCCGGUUUCGAUUAGUGCGCGGAGCUGCGGCGGCGGCGAAGGGUCUGGAGCUGCGCAGCCCGGAGCCCGGCGGCGAGGCGGAGGGGCGGCGGCAGCGGGUGCGCAGGCGCGCAGGGGCCGGCCGCGGCCGCGACGGUGUGGAGAGGAGCCGGGGCGCGGGGCCACGGCCGGCCUGACCACGGAGCGCGGUCGCCGCAGCGUCUGCAGCCGCGAGCGCGCCCAGGGUAGCGCGCGGGCGGGGGCGCGCAGGCCCUGCCCGCCCCUUCCGUCCCCACCCCCCUCCGGCCCUUCCUCUCCCCACCUUCCUCUCGGCUCCUGCGCCCCCGCGCCGGGCGCCCACCCUGUCCUCCUCCUGCGGGAGCGCUGUCCGCGGCGGCGGCUGGAGCGGGCCGGGCCGGGCCGGGGGAUGGCGCUGCUGGACCUGGCCCUGGAGGGAAUGGCCAUCUUCGGGUUCGUCCUCUUCUUGGUGCUGUGGCUGAUGCAUUUCAUGGCCAUCAUCUACACCCGAUUACACCUCAACAAGAAGGCAACGGACAAACAGCCAUAUAGCAAGCUCCCAGGGGUGUCUCUUCUGAAACCACUGAAAGGAGUAGACCCUAACCUAAUCAACAACUUGGAAACAUUCUUUGAAUUGGAUUAUCCCAAAUAUGAAGUACUCCUUUGUGUACAAGAUCACGAUGAUCCAGCCAUCGAUGUAUGUAAGAAGCUGCUUGGAAAAUAUCCAAAUGUUGAUGCUAGAUUGUUUAUAGGUGGCAAAAAGGUUGGCAUUAAUCCUAAAAUUAAUAAUUUAAUGCCAGGAUAUGAAGUUGCAAAGUAUGAUCUUAUAUGGAUUUGUGAUAGUGGAAUAAGAGUAAUUCCAGACACACUCACUGACAUGGUUAACCAAAUGACAGAGAAAGUGGGCCUGGUUCACGGGCUGCCUUACGUAGCAGACAGACAGGGCUUUGCCGCCACGUUAGAACAGGUAUAUUUCGGAACUUCUCAUCCGAGGUCCUAUAUCUCUGCCAAUGUCACGGGUUUCAAAUGUGUGACAGGAAUGUCCUGUUUAAUGAGGAAGGAUGUGUUAGAUCAAGCAGGAGGACUUAUAGCUUUUGCUCAAUACAUUGCUGAAGAUUACUUUAUGGCCAAAGCAAUAGCUGACCGAGGUUGGAGGUUUGCGAUGUCUACUCAGGUUGCAAUGCAAAACUCUGGCUCGUAUUCAAUUUCUCAGUUUCAAUCCAGAAUGAUCAGGUGGACCAAAUUGCGAAUUAAUAUGCUUCCUGCUACAAUCAUUUGUGAGCCAAUUUCAGAGUGUUUUGUUGCCAGUCUAAUUAUUGGAUGGGCAGCCCACCAUGUGUUCAGAUGGGACAUUAUGGUGUUUUUCAUGUGUCAUUGCCUGGCGUGGUUUAUAUUUGACUACAUUCAACUCAGGGGUGUCCAGGGUGGCACACUGUGUUUUUCAAAACUUGAUUAUGCAGUAGCUUGGUUCAUCCGUGAAUCCAUGACAAUAUACAUCUUUCUGUCGGCGUUGUGGGACCCGACCAUAAGCUGGAGAACCGGACGCUACAGGUUGCGUUGUGGAGGCACGGCCGAGGAGAUCCUGGAUGUAUAACUACAGCUUUGUGACUGUACAUAUGGAAAAAAGAGAAGUAUUAUAAAUUAUGUUUAUAUAAAUGCUUUUAAAGAUCUACCUUCAGUAGUUUUAUCACAUGUAUGUUUUUGUAUCUGUUCUUUAAUUUAUUUGCAUGGCACUUGCAUCUGUGGGAAAAAGCAAAAAAAAAAAAAAAAAAAACCACAUCUGUAGUCUUGGCCAAAUAGUACACUUUAUUUUAUGAAAGUAGAGAAUCAAGAGAAUUGGUUCUAGGAACCUGGGUUUGGUUUUUGUGGUUGGUUGUUUAUUUUUAAAAAAUAAAUAUAUAUGUAUAUAUGAACGCUCUGCAACAAACACUAUGACAGUAUCCUUCAGUAGAGAAAGUUUCUUAUUUGUGAGUACACUCUUUGAACAUUUAUGGGAUUGCAGCAGCUUUGUUUUGGGGUUUAGAAAAGACUAGAAGGUCAUCACUCUUCACGUCUCAAGUGAACGAUGUUAUGCCGUGAACAACCCACCAUGAGGUACUAACUGAGAAACUUUCUCGUGCUUUCUGCCUACCUCUUGUAGUUGUUGCAGAGCAAAAUAUAAAUUGUAAUAAGGUAGCUAGGCCUUGCGAAAACAAAUGGAAAACCUUUCAAAAUAAUAAUAAAGAGCUGGAGUCUAGUAUUUCUAUGAA